AUGGCCCUCAGUUACGGGGACAGCAGGGCCGCAUCGAACUUCGACCUCACGGCGCUCCUUUCUUCCAACUCCUCGGGCUUUCUCCCGGCAGAGAUUCUGCAGAACAAUUUCGAUUUCAUGGGCAGCAUCGGGCAGGGCCAGUACGGGCGCGUGUGGAAGUGCCAGUCGCAGCGCUCGGGUCGCUACUUCGCGUGCAAGCAGAUUAAGAAAGCGCGGCUCACCAACGGGCGUAUUCAAGCCGUGCUUCAGGAGAUCGCGACGAUGCAGCGCCUACGUGGCCAUCAGAACGUCGUGGAUCUCGACAGCGUAUACGAGGACGCCACGUCAGUGUUUCUCCUAAUGGAACUCCUUCCGUCCGGCGACCUUUUUCACCAGAUCUCGACGCGCAGCGGUCUUCCCGAGCCUGAGGCCCGGGACGUGUUCCGAGCCGUCGCCGAAGCUGUGAGGCACUGCCAUGGGAACGGCAUCGUGCAUCGGGAUAUCAAGCCCGAGAAUAUCCUCCUGCGCGCGCGUUCAACACCGAUUGCUGACUCGAAUGGUGGUUCUAACGAGCAGUGCGUGUUGGCUGGAGGCGCUUCAUCAUCAGCAGAAGCUCUCGAGUGCGGGUGCCUUCGGGGAUUCGAAUGGGACGUGAAGCUUGGAGACUUCGGCCUCGCUAAGCGCAUCCCCGGUAGCGGAACUGUCAAGGGUUGUGUCGGAAGCUUCCCGUACGAAGCUCCCGAGGUUCUCGCGUCGCAAGAGUACGACUUCUCCGCGGAUAUGUGGAGCCUAGGCGUGCUACUAUACGCGAUGCUUUCGGCUAACUGGCCGGAAUUUAAAGACAACAAGCGCGUCCUUGAUGAGUCGAGGGACUGGACGCACCCUGUGUGGGGCCUGGUCAGCGACGCGCCGAAGCAGCUCAUCCGUCGGAUGAUGUCGGUGGACCCGAAUCAACGGCCCACGAUCGACGAGGUCCUGGAGAACGAGUGGUUUUCGCAAGAGUGCGUGGACGCUGGGAUUUUUGCGCACCCGUGUGUUGAUGCAAGCAACGGACAGCACUGCUGCUCUGCUAGUAGUGCCACCGCAAUUCCCUAG